AUGGUCAGCGCUGUGCUGUGGGUGCUGCUGUGGGUGCUGGGUGGGUCUGAGGCGCAGAGGAGUCUCCCCUCCUGCCAGCCGGAUAUCUACGCCCAGCUCAGGGAGCUGCGCACGCAGGUGGAGGCCGUCAGGAUCGAGUGUGGAGACGCCCCGGUCGUGGCCUUCACCGCCUCAUUGGUGGAUGCAGGACAUGGGCACUAUGGGCCUUUCAACACCAACGCUGUUUUGGUGUUAAGAAACGUCCUCACGAACAGAGGCAACGCCUACAGCCCAACCACAGGGCUGUUCUCGGCGCCCGUUGCCGGGCUGUACUUCUUCAGCUUCAGCAGCCUCUCCGCGGGGGCACAGCCGUGCGGCGUGGGCCUGUACAGGAACGCGGAGCGCGUGGCGACCGCAUGCGACCACUCCGCCCCGGCAACGGCCCACAGCGCCGGCAACGCCGCCGUCCUGUGGCUGAAGGCGGGCGACCGCGUCUCCCUGCAGCUCGGGGCCGGCGCCAUGGCCAUCGACGACAGCAGCCUCCGCCAAACCACCUUCACCGGCUUCCUGGUCUCCCUCACCUGA